AUUUUGAUUUUUUUUUAGAUUUUCACCAUUUUAAAAAUGGCCACUUCUGGCCAAAAAAACUAGUAAUUUUCAAAAGGUAUUUUCUCAAUAAAACAGGGAUUCAAAAAAUGAGAAACUCUCUGUACCUAUUUGCUAUUGAUAUGAUUUUGAAUCCAGUUGCAAGUAGGUAAGUGUGAUCUACGGAUUGCCAAGUUGCAUUCAUCUAAAAAAAAAACUUAGGUGGCCACAUUUUGGCGUUUUACCUUGUUGAAAAAUAUCCCAUAAAAUUAGCUUAUCAUUUGGAAUGCAACUAAGAAAGCUUAUCAGAUCAACCAACUGGUAUUUUAAUGAGCAGAAUUGUGCCUCCCUGCUCCUUUUUUGGCAACAAAAAAUGGCUUUUCGCCUUUCGAGCCUAUCGGGAAAAAAUUGGGGCUUGAUUUUUUUUCUGAUAAUCGACGGUGCGUUACAUAGUUCAUAAGAAAUCAUACCUACUAUCGUUCUCGAGUUACCUACUACCUAUUCUGCAAAAAAAAUUUGAAAUAUGAACAUCUGCUGCAUCGUUACCAUAAUCGCUUUUGAAGUGACGUUUUGAAUGAAGCAGAUAAUCGAUUCACACGUGUCACAUCUGCUUCGAAUCUUCAUUUUUCCCUUCGAAUGGCAUAUUUUGAUUUAAAUAAACAAUGCGUCACAAGUAACAAAUCUCUUUUAACGCCUGAAGAAACACCUAUACAAACAUAUAAAGCUGGCGUGGAUUUGAUUUUUAAUGCAAACCGUGAAUCAUUAAAUUUUCAACUAUCGCACAAAAAAUACGACGAUUACAGAUUUUGAAAAUCGUUGCUUGUACUCGUAUUAUGAUAUUGUAAGUUGUUAUUGGUACCUAUACGUUCUGCAUUCCACAGGGAUAUGGAAACCUCAUUUUCUUCAGUUUUCCUGCUUGUGAUCCUUUUAAAAGUAACAGUCUGCGAUGGAUUUUGUUCACAGAACCCAGAAUGUCUAAAUUCUUUACCUGAAAAAAUAAAAUGGUGGAAAACCAAAGAAUAUGGCUUGGAGAUUUCCGGCGACGUUAGUGUAGAAAAAAAGUUGGAAGGUUAUGAUAAAGCGACUCAAGUGCAAGUGAAUAGAAUGGGACGUCCUUCAAUGAAAUCAACAGUUGAUAACUUAAUUGUUACAAAUCGGAAAAAUAAAGAUCCUGAUUUUACCAUCCAUAAAUUGGACCCAAUAUCCUACGUUUUCGCUGGAAAAAAAAUGUUGAUAACUUUUACAAAUGUGAGAAUAAUAAAUUUACACACUUAUGAUAACAAAACAGCGGAAUUCACUCAAACAGGUGUAUACGAAAAGGGAGAUUAUAAUAUUGAUAAAGAGACCCGUGAAAAAAUACGAAUUGCAAGUAAUGAUAACACCAGAGAAGUCCCAGUCUCAUCAAAAUUUACCGACAGAAUAAAAAUGAUAAAUGAAGAACUAUAUAUUCUAGAUAGGAGAGAUGCAAAAUGGACGAUCAAUAUAAAAGCUAAUUUUAUACCCGGGAAACCUAAAGCAAAAAAAUUGCAGCCAAUUACUCUCGUAGCAAAUUUCAAAAUACAACCAGACAAACAAGAUGCAAAGGCUGCAGCUGAUGAAAACAUUUUACGAUCAAAGGGUAGAGUCAAAAUUGAAUUUCAUAACCUUGGAUUCAACACCCAACUCACGAUUACACACACUGAUGAUCCUCUCAGGGAGUUUUUUGACAGUAAAAUAAAAAGUGAUAACCUCGUUCCAGAUUUGAAUAUAGAUUAUACAAUAGGCGAGGUUAAAAUACUUGAAGACAGUAUAAAAUUGUUACCUUAUGACCAAGAUGACGAUUUUCCAAAAAAAAUGGACGAACGAGAGAACGUCAACGCUAAUAUGCCAGAACCAAAAACUGCAGUUGAAAAACAACCAUCUAAGGAGAACUCGGAGAAAAAACAAGAUACAAUAUCACCGUCAGUUGAAAAACCAAAAUAUUUGGAAGACGACGAACAAAAAAAGAUGGUCGUGCAGCAUUUCAAAGCAUUAGCGGAUUUGAUUGUGACAAACACAAAAGAUUUUAGUAGAAGAAUGUGUAUCAAUUUAAUACCGAAAAUGGCGUGGAAAGUAAUGCAUAUGGCAACCAAGAAACAGUUACCAUUACUUUUCCACGAAAUAAUUGCAUAUAAUGAUGAUUUCCAAGAAAAAAAACUCUUAGAAUCGUAUACGACAAAUGAAUUAAUUGCCCAAAGUGCGAAUAUGUUUCUGGGAUUGUUCGGUUUAAUCAGAUUUCCAGCUCCGGUAUCAUUAGAUGAUGAAGAUUAAGAUUACUCUAUAAAUAAUGUAGGUAUCGAUGUAAGGCUGGAUAUUUCAUGUAACUUUCAAAUGGAAUGUAUAAUAUUUUUAAACUCAUUUGUGAUUAAUAAUUUAAAUAAAUAUGAUUGCC